GGCGGGGAGGAGAAGUUUCUUCGCCGGGGGAGCGUUGACCGCGGGCGCGGCGGCGGCGGCGGCGGCGGCGUUGGCGCCUGUCACCGGCCGCCCCAUGGAGGGGAGCCGCGAAGCCGAGCCCGGCGAGCGGAGCCCCCUGCUGGGGGGCGGCAGCGGCAGGUGGCGAGGCCGGGGUCCGCCCGGCGGCCCUAGCUCCUUCCAGGGCCGGCGCCUGGCCUGCGCCGCCGUGCUGCUGGCCGAGCUGCUGGAGCGGGUGGCCUUCUACGGCAUCACCUCCAACCUGGUGCUUUUCCUCAACGGGCCCCCCUACGGCUGGGAGGGCGCCCAGGCCAGCCAGGCCCUGCUGAUCUUCAUGGGCAUCACCUACCUGGUCUCGCCCUUCGGCGGCUGGCUGGCCGACGCCCUGCUGGGCAAGUUCGGCACCAUCCUGCUCAGCCUGGCGCUCUACCUGCUGGGCAUGCUGGCCUUCCCGGCCCUGGCGGCCCCGGGCACCCGCCAGGCCCUCUGCGGGGAGAUCCCGCUGGCCAGCGUGGAGAACUGCUCCGCCCCGGCGGCUGCCAACGCCACCCUCGCCCCCUGCUCCCAGGCGGGAGCCACCCGCUACUGCUCCGUCGCCGUCUUCGCCGGCUUGGCCCUGGUGGGCUUGAGCGUGGGCUCCGUCAAAGCCAACAUCACGCCCUUUGGGGCCGACCAGGUCAAAGACCGAGGUCCAGAAGCCACAAGAAGAUUUUUUAAUUGGUUUUAUUGGAGCAUUAAUUUGGGAGCUAUUGUCUCCCUGGGAGGCAUUGCAUACAUUCAGCAGAAUGUCAGCUUUGUUAUUGGAUAUAUCAUCCCAACAGUUUGCAUUGGGAUUUCGUUCAUUGUAUUUUUGUGUGGUCAGAGUUUCUUCAUCACAAAGCCACCUGAUGGCAGUGCCUUCACAGACAUGUUUAAGAUUCUGGCGUACUCUUGUUGCUCACGAAAGAGAUCCAGGGAACACCGAGCUAAUAGUGAAAUCCAGGAAGUACUUCAGAAGCCUCGUAAGCAAAGCCUGUUUGAGAUGGCAAAGAUGUCUCAUGGAGGGCCAUUCAGAGAAGAUAAAGUGGAAGAUGUGAAAGCCCUUGUCAAGAUUAUCCCUGUCUUUUUGGCUCUUAUACCUUACUGGACAGUGUAUUUUCAGAUGCAGACUACAUACGUUUUGCAGAGUCUACAUUUGAAAAUCCCUGAAAUUUCAAAUGUCACCACCCAUAUUCAUACGUUUCCUGCAGCCUGGUUGACUAUGUUUGAUGCAGUGCUUAUUCUGAUCCUAAUACCCUUAAAGGAUAAAGUGGUAGAUCCCAUUCUGAAGAGGAAUGGCUUGCUCCCAUCAUCUUUGAAGAGGAUUGCAGUUGGAAUGUUCUUUGUGAUGUGCUCUGCAUUUGCCGCAGGAAUUUUGGAAGGCAACAGACUGAGUAUUGUAAAGGUUAAAACAAUUAAUCAGACAAUUGGACAUGUUACAUAUUAUGCUGCUGAUUUGCCAAUAUGGUGGCAGAUUCCUCAAUAUGUACUGAUUGGAUUCAGUGAAAUAUUUGCAAGCAUAGCAGGUAUCACUCAAGUCCAAUGCUUUUGUGAAGGAACCAAGAAAAAAAAAUCAGACUGGUGUUCUUUCACUCAGUGUACUUCAGUUUGAGUUUGUGAAUGGUAUCCAGUCUGGUCACCAGACUGAAUCUCAGAUAGUCUGGAAACUUUUCUGACAAUGGGGUUAUUUAGUGAAAGGUUACAGUUUUAUUUAAGAUGAACAGACUGCUGCAUUUUUAAUUGGGCUUUGGCCAAAUAAGAAUGAGACGAUUUCAAAUGUAAUUAGUGGCAAAACAUCCCAAUAAAUAGGAUUUGGACAAAUUUUUAACCUCUUUAGUGUUUGUCAUAUUAAAUAAAAUACUGAAUCAUACUGUUGGCUUCCGUAGAUCUAUAAGGACACUGAGCCUCACAUUCUGGAUUUAUAUUUAUUGGAGCCUCCAGUCUGACUUCUGAAAAAAGGCUCUUCAACACUCUUCAAUCAUAGAGAUGUCACUUUGCAGCAUUCAAGUUUCCUUUGCUUCAAGGGAGAAGGGAAAACAAUGUGGUGGUUCAGACACGAUCUCCCAUGUGGCACUACAGAUCAAUAAGGGAGAACAUGUAGUUCUGAUGCACUUCCUUGUCUGAACAGAACUGCACCCUCUGGCCCUGACUAAUUGACCCAUCUUGCUUGAAGUCUUAAGCCUUUCCCCUUAAAGGAAAACAUCAUUGUGUUCCUAUCAAGCGCUGUGUAUGGAUGAGUAGUGAUAGUCAAGCAGUGUUAAAGAAAUACUUGCUGUUUCAACAUUAUGUGAACGGAGGAUAGCUCUGAGCUUGCUUCCUGUGCACAGCCAUGCCUCAGCAAAGAGGCAUAAAGGAGGUAUGGAGAGUCCUUCCCAUUAAUUUCAGGACAAGGCAGACUACUUUGACUUAAGUCUCCCAUCCCUUGCCCUUACCUGUAGACCAUACCUUGGCUGUGAUUCUGCAAAAAAAUUGUGGCUCCUUGCCUUUAUGCCCUCUGAGUAGUCCCAUUGACUUAAGUAGAAUUCUGACUAUGUAAAGUUAAGCAUGUACAUACGUUUUGUGGGAUCAGGCCUAUAACAGCAUAUGCUGUUGGGGCACUGGGGCUACUGAUUAGUCUGAUAUGCAGAUUCUAGGUUCCAUCUGCCCAAAGUAAAGUUAAAUAGUUAAUUUCCCGUACUCCCAACAGAGUUUUUAAAAACUAUUGAGACUUACCCAAAGUGCUGCAAGUUGACAGAAACGAACGUCCAUGGGGGAUAUAGGAUUUGCCUCAGUCUAUCCUUGAGGCCACUAUUCUUGUCAGAGGGCAGUGUGGUUAUAAAUAUCAUCCAUUUAAAAAAAACUCAGUACAGAAAUGACAGUCUCCGAGAACAAAAACUGAAUGGUGGGAAAAGGAUCAUCAAAUUCUCAUAACAGCCCUGUCAGAGAAACAAUUUCUUUGAUAAAUCUGGAUCUUCACCAAUCUAAGUCACUUCUUGAGCAGGCAGAGGGGCAAGAAGACUGGCUGGCAUAGUUGAGGCUUUGCUUGCCAGGAAAUGGCCUAACACAAAAUAUGAGGGAGUAUGGUCUAGCCGUGAAGACCAUAUGGGAGUCAAGAGAACUGGCUUUUGUUAUGAAAACUACUUUAAAACAUUUUCAAGCCCAGGUCAUGUUGUAGUCACCUUCCAUCAAGGCUCAAACAUGGUCUUUUAAAAACUCUUCUAAAGCCGACUAGACAAACCAUGAUUAAAAACAGUUUGGCUGGACAGUGUCCUAGCUGCAUAACUCACUUUGGAUAAGAUUGAAAGCCAAAUAUAAUGUAAACUCCCUAGAUGGACUGUUGAUUCUGGUAUACGAUGAGACUUGAUUGUUAUCAGUUGACUUGUAAAAUAAAGUGAAUGAUUUCCAGAAACACAUGAGAAUUCUGAGAAAACUUGUUUGCUAAAAGAUUGUACACUUGUUAAAAGAACAAGAGGAGAGUGGUGCGGCACGUAAAAUAUUUUUAUUUUAUAUUUAUAUAUAAGUUCAGGACUUAAUGCAAAUAUAAACCAUUGAUAACCUUUACUAAGACUUUCAGAGCAGUCCAAGGGAGUAAGAUAUUCAUUGGAAAUCAAUGGGAGUUGGGUACAUAAAUCCAUUAGUGUCCUGAAAAUCCAAGUUCUUGUUUUUAACCUUGUACAAAUGUGGUGUUUUCAACGUUUUUAGAUGUUUGUCAUUAGCAGACACGUUGAGCUGGUAACCAAGCAUGUUAAUUUCUUACAGAUUGAUACCUUUUUUCUUUUA